AUGGAAUUUCAUUUCAUACUGUUGGACAAAGCAAUUCAAUUAAGAGCAGUUAGGGAAUUGCAAUGCAAUGUCGUCAGGUGUGAAUCAAUUAUUAAAUUAUUUAAUAGUAAUUAUUACCUUUUUAAAUUUUUAUGUUUGCAAUAUUUCAGAGAUAUGGUAAUAAAAUAUAGACACAGUGAAUUUAUGUGGCAAAAAUUGGCUAAAAUUAGUUUUGAUGGAUUUAUAUACCACCACGAGACAGAACAAUUGCAUUACGACACAAAUUAUAUUAGUGGAAUAAGGUAACCUUUAUAAAAAUUGUGUAUUGUUUUAAAAUAUAAUUAUUUAAUUUUUAAAGGAGUUGUAUUAAAACAUAUGAAGACGGAUUGAAAGAAAAUUUACCACCAGAAAACAAACAUAAUCUGUGGAAUUUUUAUGUCGAUCACGUGAUAGAAAUUCGAAAUUCUUAUCGUAUGAAAAAAGAAUCAAUCAGAAAUUUUAUGGACGAGACUAUGGAAGGGGCAUUUCAGGAAGCACAUGACAACAAAGCACUAUACAAAGCGGAACAUUAUAUUUAUUGGGUAUAAACCAUCUUUCUGAAAUAAUUACUGAGCAUACUGAAAUGCCAUUAAAAUGUGCCAAAAUAUUACAUAGUAUGCCUCUAUAAGUUUGUUAAUUUUAUUUUGAUGUAUACAAUGUAUUCAUUUGGUAGAGUUGUUGGUGUUGGUAUCAUUCAAUAAUAAAAUGUCUUACAGCAGCAGAAGUUUUAAGUUUCUGCUUUCCAGUCUAGUUCAUUUUUCAAUGAUUAGAUACCAUAAUAUUUUCAAUUGUACAAUACCCAUUAAAAAUAAAAAAACCAUGGUUAAAUGCACAAUUAAUAAUAUUGAACGCAAUUAUUUUUUAAAAGAGUCAGUCUCGUCAGAUAAACAGGUACCUGCUGACCUAUUGCUGAAUUCUCUAUAUACUCUGUUGUAUCUGAACUCGGUCUUGGUUAUUUAUUUGGCAUUACAAAUUUUGACUUACCAACCAAUGUUUCCUUCAUAGUUGAUGAUAGUCUCUUUAGUAAUUGUCUUUAAAAUGAUUUAUUGAUUUUUUAACAAUAAUCCAAAAAAAAAAAAGACGUCCUAGGAUAAUGGGGACGGGUGCAGCCACUGUUAUAGAUAAUUUAAUGUGAACCUGUAAGCAACGAUAAAACAAUACUGAGCGGAGUUCAGUUGAUAGUAAUGCUUUCUCAAUAAUAUAUAUGCUAUAUUAUAUUCAAAUAAUUAAAUAUGUUCUAUAUAUUUUCUUUAAUAAUAUUUGUUUAAUGUUGUACCGAUUUUCUCAGUUUUCCUAUGUUUUCCCCCCGGUUAUAUCUCGGUUUUUCACAUUCACUGGAAAAAUUCAUGAGAAAAUAAAAAAAUGACCCCCUAAGUAACCCCCCCCCCUUAUGCAGAUUUCCUUUCAGAAAAGGUGCUACAUAUAGAAAUUCAAAAAAAUCUGCGCACAAAUGAAAAAAAAUAAACAUCUUUGUAAAACUAUAAGCUUGUUCGCUUCACUGAAAAUCUGAAAAAAAAAAGCAUAUUAAAUAAUAAUUUAUAUUUUAGGCCAUGAAUACAAAUAAGGAUUGCCAUAUGAUUUUAAUUGAAGCUGUUGGUGUUGUAAAAGAAAUUUGGAUAAAUUUAUUAUUAUACUUUGUGAACUUUGACAAUUUUGAAUUGACGAUUAAAGUGUUUCAAGCUGGUGUUAGGACUUUGACAAACAGAUUAUUGCCUUUAAUCAGUGGCAAAUUAUUAUCUUGUACAUGUAAAUUACUCACCUAA